AGGAUGCUGUCACAGUCGUACUGGUGUCAGUUUAGUCCAGAGGACCGCUCACAAACUUGAAUACUAGAGAAAAGCAGAGAAACAAUGAAGUCCUUCAUUGGGAGUUUGGUAUAUUGCCUCUCUUUUCUGCUGGCUGAUCUCUGUGAAUCCUAUGACCUUAACAAUCCAUCCCACAUUUUAGCACAGACUUACGCACAAAGAAGAAAUAAUGCGUUUCCACAACGGACACUGAGCCCAGCAGUAUACAGGAGUAAAUACUGGUUAGAUGGACCUGGUCACCCUAACAAACAGAGGAGGAAGAUUUUGCCCCAUCUUAUCCCAGUAGCUUUUCCAGGACCCACAGCUCCUUCUCAGCCCAAAAUAUAUGACUUGCUCAAAGACACACCAAACACAAAGGUGCAUAAUACAAAUAAUAAUGACCCUUCUCCACCUGAGGAACGCAUGCACCUGAGAGGUGAAUGGGCACCAAUAGUUUGCCGAAAAGUUCAAGAUCCAGAACAAAUAGUUGUACUUACAGGAGAAUCAGGGGAAAGUACAGGCGUGUCAAGCAUGUUGUCAAAUCUACCACUUCUUGUUCCACAAGAACUGUAUUUAGGUCCAGAAAAAUCUGUGGUUCCUCUGGAGCAAUCAACAAAUAACCAGCCCACCAUUUCAACAGUUGCUCCUGAGACAAGUUUUCACCAAUUGAAGCCAUCAAUGACAGCCUCACAAUCUUUGAAUCCCUCCCUGCCUCAAAAGCCUAUGCCACAAUCCUUGUCAAAAUUGGCGCAAGAACCAAACGCACAAGGGACUUUACCCCAAUCCCUGCCAAUAUCCACCCUUACACCAGAGAUGUACUCCCAGAGCACUUUAUCCCAAACCUUGCCAAAGUUCACCUAUACUAGAGGCCAGUAUCCUCAAGGAAUCCCACCCCAAUCUGUGUUAGAGCCAUAUGACCAAAGUGCCUUCCUAGAAUCCCUGCCAAGAUCCACAAUGAUCCCAGAAACAUAUCCCCAAAGCACUUCACCCCAGCCUUUCCCAGUGUCCACUCACAGAUCAGGGCCAUUUUCCCAAGAGGCACAUAUUCAGACCACCCCACCACAGUUUCCACCAAUGUCUACUGUGCCACAAGAAUCAUUACCAGAGGCACCAGGCAGGAUAAUUACCCACAGCAGGGUAGCCAUCUCAGAGAGGACAGCCACAGAUCCACAUUGUAGGAGCCGUCCACUGGACCUGGUUUUCAUCAUUGACAGCUCACGUAGCGUGCGUCCAGGUGAGUUUGAGAAGGUCAAGAUCUUCCUGGCUGACAUGGUGGACACUCUUGACGUUGGCCCAGAUGCCACACGUGUUGCAGUGGUGAACUAUGCCAGCACGGUCAAAAUUGAGUUCCUGCUGAAAAACCAUCUCACGAAGGACUCCAUAAAGCAAGCCAUCAACCGCAUCGAACCCUUGGCUGCAGGAACCAUGACUGGUAUGGCCAUCAAGAAAGCCAUGGAGGAAGCCUUCACUGAGAAGUCUGGAGCAAGGCCUAAAUCGAAGAACAUCUCAAAGGUUGCCAUCAUUGUCACCGAUGGACGUCCUCAAGACCAAGUCGAGGAGGUGUCGGCUGCAGCCCGAGCUUCAGGGAUUGAGAUUUACGCAGUCGGAGUGGACAGGGCUGACAUGCAGUCUCUGAAGCUGAUGGCCAGCAAUCCACUUGAGGACCAUGUGUUCUACGUGGAGACCUACGGUGUCAUUGAGAAGCUCACAUCGAAGUUCCGGGAGACAUUGUGCGGUCUGGACGCCUGUGCAAUGGGACAUGACUGUGAGCACAUAUGUGUCAGCAGUGGCUCCUCCUUUUACUGCAAGUGCCGGAAGGGCUAUAUUUUGAACGAAGACCAGAAAACAUGUUCCCUAAAACAUAUGGAUGCCUGUGAAAUUGGACACAGCUGUCAACACAUUUGUGUGAGCAGUGGCAACUCGUAUCACUGCAAAUGUCGCUCAGGCUUUGUCUUGAACGACGACAUGCGAACAUGCUCCAUUAGAGGCGCUGGCGCUUACCAACAUGGUGACAGUGUACACAAGGGGGACCGAAACAAAAAGAAUGAUGGCAACCAAAAUGGUGAAGGUAGUGCUAAUGUGGAUGCCUGUAUGUUUGGCCAUGACUGCCAACACACAUGCGUCUCCAGCGGUUCUUCAUAUUACUGCACGUGUCCUCCUGGUUUUGUCUUGAUGCAGGACAAGAAAUCAUGUUUCAAAGCCAGUGACGCUGAUGGUGAUGGUAGUGCCAGUGCCAGUCUGGACUACUGUGCGCUGGGUCAUGAAUGUGAACACAUUUGCGUCAAUGAUGAUGCUUCCUAUCACUGUCAGUGCCAUGGGGGUUUUGUGUUGCAAGAAGACAAGAAAUCAUGUUCCAAAAAACAGGUGAAGGUGGAGAUCGUUCAGGACCCCUGCAUGUGUGAGGCCCGACUGGCUUUCCAGAGGCAGACACAAACCUCCCUACAGGACCUCAACGGCAAACUUGCUGCUGUCAUAAGAAAGGUUGAGCAAAUGGAAAACAUGCUGGGACGCAUGUAACGGAGCACUUCCUGUGAUUGCUGGAGUGGAUAUGGAGCACUAGACGACAAGACGGCUUCUGCUUCAUCUCUGAAGCUUCAUUAAAGGCCAAACUGAUCGCAUGAACCUCUUUAUGGCUUCAAAAAUGGAUCACAGAUUAUGUUUCUUAAACCACAUGUUCACAAAUGUUUACAGAUCCAAAAAAAAAAAAAAGAAUAUGAAUAAUAUUCAAAUAUGAAUUAAUAUUGAUAAGAGUUUAAGGG